AUGACUGUCCUCAUGUCUUCGAUCAAUACUUUGAGACAUCCAAUGUCCAUGAACAUUUUGAAUAAGAAUACUUUAACAUCUCUGCCAUCAAGCCAGAAAAGAUCAUUGAUGGGGUUUGUUAAAAACGCAUUGGGUUUAGAUCCAUCUCCAUCCCCUGACGAUCCAACUCCAGAGAACAGGUUCCAUCCUUGGGAUCAAUCCCCUUCCCCUGAUUUGAGAGAAAGGGCAGCAAGAAUUAGAACUCUUGCUAAAUGUCCUGUGACAAAGAAGGAAAUUAAUUAUACCUGUCCACUCUCUGGGAUCCCAACCCAUCAUUCAAGGGAGGCUUGGGAAGCCGACAAAGAUUAUCAUCAAUCGAAAAGAUACGAAAUUUUAAAGAAAGUAAAUAUUUACGAACAUGAUCUAAGAAGUGGAAGACCUUUCCCUGAAUUUGAUUUUCCAUUAGAUCAGAUUCAUGAUCGUGUUGUAAAUUUGACAAACUGGGAUUUAUUUUUUUAUACACGUAACUUUUACUCAAUGGACACAGAGUUCCAAUUAGCUGCCGUGACUAAAAUGUUGAGUUAUCCAAUGACCAUUGGUUCAAUAUUGCAUCAAUUUUCUCCAUAUUCUUUAAAUCCAAAAGGCCCAAUUACUUUAGAAGGUUUAAAAUCACUAGCGGCACUACGUUAUAGUUUAUACCCAUUCCAACGUAAAUCUAAUAUAUCUCUAAAAUUGCACGAUCGUCCAAUGAGAAUAUUUAUUUUAGGAGCUAGAGCUGAAGCUCAAUUGCCAGGUCAUGUAUGGAAGCAACUGCAAUUUUUAUUUCCUGAUCAAACUUUCGAGAUUCACUUCAUCGGCACUGAAUGUUUACUAAACAAUGAAAAAAACAAAUAUAUAAAAUCAGCUAUUCCUGUUGUUAAGAAAAUUGAUGAAACUAUGAAACUAAUCUAUCAUUCUGACUAUUUCCAUGUUUACCACGAAGCUCAAGAUUUUGUUCCUUAUGAUCCAUAUUUAGACGUUUUCUUCACUUUCCAUCCUGGUUUUGCUGCCCCUGAGACUUCAGACUUGUGGAUGGGUGAUACAAUGAAGGCUUUACUAGAGACUAAAUGUGCCAUCUUUACCACCGGUUUUAACAAGCAAGAUAUUACCAAUGAUGUUGAGAUUGUCAAAGCUAGAUAUGGGAAAGAGAUGGAUACUCUAAUGGAUCCAAUUAAGAAUUCAUAUGGUAGUACAAAAUGGGAAUUAAAUGACAUGAAUCCCCAAGAAAUUUUCCAAUUCAACAUGUAUGUUGCAGGAUUUAGAGGGAAGAGAUACCAUACUAUUAAGAGAUAA